UUAUUACAAAACCAGCGGCAGACGGUUAUUUACCCUUUAACGAAAUAAGUAAAACAAAAAUAGUACAAGCAGUAAAACGAAACGAUCUUUAAAUAAAAAAUAAAAUAUUACACAAAGACGCUGACAGCAAAAAAUCUGACUCUCUUUUAAUGAAAUAACACACACUCAAGCAGACCCGAUGGUUGAUGGCUUAACAGAACUGUUUUGCAAAAAUUCUUGUUAAAAUUUAUGGAUCAAUUUUCAUCAGACGGCAAAAAAAGCUGCUGCUAUUGCUGCUGGACAAAGAAAAUAAACUAGAGUUUUAAUAGCAACAACAAACGCAGGCUAGAGUGGCAAGAGUGGGUGCAGUAAUAGAACAGACUACAACAAAAUUGCCAACAACAAAUACAAUAAUUAUCAGCAAUUUGUAUACUCAUUGUAUUGUAUUUUAACUAGAAAAGAUAUUAAACGUCAACAAUAACAACAGUAAAAGUAUCUCCAACUGAUUAUUUUCAAAAUUUUAACGUGCUAAAAAUUAAUUUGCAAGUGUUAGCUGAAAUAUUUUCUUAAUCAAACAUAGACUUUACAAAAACAACAACCACAACAACAAAACAUAAACAGCAACAUCAACAAAAAUGGUUAAAACAUUUCAAUCUUAUUUACCGUCCACCAAUCGGACCUACUCAUGUGUUCACUGUCGAGCUCACUUGGCCUCACACGAUGAGCUUAUCUCAAAAUCAUUUCAGGGCAGUCAAGGACCCGCCUAUCUCUUUAAUUCUGUAGUUAAUGUGGCCUGUGGUCAGACAGAAGAAAGAGUACUGCUAACCGGUCUGCAUGCCGUGGCCGACAUCUACUGUGAAUGUUGUAAAACACCGUUGGGUUGGAAAUACGAGCAUGCCUACGAAUCGAGUCAAAAAUACAAAGAGGGUAAAUACAUCAUAGAAUUAGCACAUAUGAUUAAGGAAAAUGGCUGGGAUUGAACGUAGCAAUGUAGGAGAAGGCGAAUUAUAAAAAGUUUGAUACUUUAAAAACAAAGGCAUGUAAACUUCUAAAUGAGCUACGACGGUUAGACGUGAUAAAAUUUAUACAAUACAGCAGCAAAAAGAAAAAAACAAAACAAAAACAAA